GCUUCGAGAGCCGCACCGCCGCCACGCGCUCAUCGACUUGCAUCACUGAGAUGACGGACAAGCUCCCCCCGAAUCUCCUGGCGCUGUUCGCGCCUCGCCCCGGUCUUCGAUUCCUUCCUCCAGCGGACCACGCGCCUGAAGACCGAAAGACAGCAGCCAUCUCUGGCGUUGCGGCCUUUCUCCCGCAACUCGAGGAGUACAAGCAAACUGAUGAAUACAAGCCUACAGAGAGUUGGCUGGAGCGAAAAUUUCGUGUCAAGCAGGAGAAGAAGGAGCGUCAAGCGAAGUUGUUGAAGGAAGCACCAGCACUCUAUAAGCCUCAAGAUGAUCCGAAUAUUCGCGGAGAUGCAUUCAAGACCCUGAUUGUUGCGCGACUCAGCUACGAUGCCACGGAGCAAGAUCUAGAGAGCGAGUUUGGUCGAUUCGGUCCCAUUGAGAGAAUCCGGAUUGUUGUUGACACGCAUCAAGAUGAGAAACCGAACAAGAAGAAGAAGAAGCACCGUGGUUACGCAUUUGUGGUUUAUGAACGAGAGAAGGACAUGAGAGACAACUGUGAUGGUAUUCGAAUCAAGGACCGCCGCAUCAAAGUCGAUGUUGAACGUGGACGGACAGUCAAAGGUUGGGUCCCUCGCCGUCUUGGAGGAGGCAAAGGUGGCCGUGGCUAUACAAAAGCUGCUCCUCCACCGCGGCCCAUGGGUUUUGGAGGUCCUCCCGCAGGAGGUCAGGGCUUCAGAGGUGGUUUUGGUGGCAGAGGUGGCGGCUUUAGAGGCGGUUUCGAGCCACGAGGCGGCUAUGGAGGCCGGGGUCGUGGGGGCAUUGGCUUCCAGGGGGGUGGUGGCUUCAGAGGACAAAACGGGUAUGGAGCUCCUCCUCCAAAUGCUCCAGCAGGCCCGGGUGGCGCUCGCGGCGGUGGAUUUUCUGGGGGUAGGGGAGGCUACGGUGGACCAUCCGGUUCACCAGAUCGUAACGGCUCUGGCGGUGGGUAUGAUUCGCGUGGAGGUCGCUCAUAUGAUGACAGAAGCGGUGGAGGUGGAGGUGGAUAUCGUGGCUACCAACGCGAUGGACCUCCGCGGGGUGGUUCUGGAAGCAACAUGGAGCCGGUAAGACCUAGAGAUGGGGGAUACCGUGAUCGAGACCGAGACGGAGGAUAUGGUGGACGGCCACGAGAAGAUGACUCACGAAAAAGACAGUACGAGGGCAGCGGCUACGAAGAGGAUCCUCGCAAGCUGCGGAGAUAUUAG